AUGGAGUUGGAUGCAUUGGAUACAAUUCUUGUUCAGAAUAAGUCCAUGUCUCAACAGAUUAAUGCUAUUACUCAACAUUUGAGUGGGAUGGAAGUUUCAGCCAUCAAUGCUCAAGACACUUCCUAUAACAUGAGUGGUGGCUUCACUCAAGGUGAGAAUUAUGAGUAUGGCCAGUUUAUUCCUGAACAAAAAACCAGAGCUUCACUUAAGGACUUGGAAGUUCAGAUGAGUCAACUAGCCACAAAAGUUGCUGAAAUUGAUCAGAGGUCCACCAACACCCUUCCUAGUAACACAAUUCCAAAUCCAAGAGAGGAGUGCAAGGUUAUCUCUUUGGUAAGUGGACUAGUGAUAGGUGAAGAAGCACAAGUUACUGAGGAGCCGGUUGAAGAAGAAGCUCCAGAGAAGGCUGAAGAUGCUGUAGCACACUCCCCUCUAAGGCAUCUGGAGAAUCCCUUUCCAAUUGAUCUUAAGAAACAUCUGGUGUUGCCUAAAGCACCUGAGUAUAAGCUUAAGAUGCCAUAUCCUCAGAGGCUCCAAAAGAAUACCAAGGACAAGCAGUUUUUAAAGUUCCUGGAAGAGUUGCUUUUCAAGAAGAGAACUUUAAAGGGGGAUGAGACAGUGGUCUUGACCAAGAAAUGUAGUUCCAUAAUUCAGAGUAAUUUGCCAAGGAAGAUGCCUGAUCCAGGAAGCUUUCAAAUUUCAUGCACUAUUGGGAGCACAACCUUUAAAAAAGUUUUGUGUGAUCUAGGCACAAGUAUCAAUUUAAUGUCCUUGUCUGUGAUGAAGAAGUAG